AACCUUGCAAAAACUGCUCGAAAAAGAAAUCUCGUGAAUGAUAGCUGUGUGGACAUAUGGGAUCUUUCCGACCAGAGACUAGAAAUCAAAGACAGUCCAGAAAAUAACUCCCGGUUUCUCAGUUUUCAGCCGCCUGCAGCUCCACUAUGAAGUGUCCAUCACACAACAAAGAAACCUCUUGGUGGUGCAAGCUGUAAAUUUCUGUACAUAACUUAAGCUUAAAUCGAUCGUCUAUAUUUUUACCUCGAAGCAAAGAUUUUGCUGAGCUUUUAGCAUAAAUUCAAGAAAAUAGACGAAGGGCCCAAUGUCUUAUAGCGAGGGCAAGAUCAUGGUAUUUCGUCCAACCAGGGCAGAAUUCUCCGAUUUUUCAGCAUACAUACGAAAAUUGGAGUCCCAUGGAGCCCAUAAAGCAGGCAUUGUCAAGAUCGUUCCUCCUAACGAAUGGGUCCCAAGAAGAAACUACAACGCAGUGGAUAUCGAUAUCCCUGCCCCAAUUCAUCAAGUUAUUACUGGCACACAAGGUCUGUUUCAACUGUUCAAUGUCCAGAAAAAGAAAUUAUCGUAUAAAGAAUUCAAGGCUAUGGCAAAUGAUGAAAGUCACAAACCUCCAAAGGGAGACUUCGAAGAACUUGAGAGAAAAUAUUGGAAGAACCUUACAUUCAACGCACCAACUUAUGCUGCAGAUAUAUCAGGAUCACUAUUUGAUAAAGAUGUGAAAGAAUGGAACAUCAGUAAGCUCAACACUAUUCUUGAUCUAAUCCAAAAAGAAUAUGGUGUCAAAGUUGAGGGGGUUAAUACUCCUUAUCUGUACUUUGGAAUGUGGAAAGCUACAUUCGCUUGGCAUACUGAAGAUAUGGAUUUGUACAGCAUCAAUUACUUGCAUUUUGGUGCUCCUAAAACAUGGUAUGCUGUACCUCCAGAACAUGGACAACGUUUAGAGAGGCUAGCUGCAGGGUUCUUUCCUGGAAGUCAGCAAAGCUGCUCCAACUUUUUACGACAUAAAAUGACAAUUAUUUCACCUCAAGUACUCAAGAAAUUCUCAAUUCCUUUCGACAAGGUAACUCAAGAAGCUGGUGAGUUCAUUGUCACCUUUCCCUUUGGCUAUCACUGUGGCUUUAACCAUGGGUUUAAUUGUGCUGAAUCAACAAACUUUGCAUCUGAGAGAUGGAUAGAUUAUGGCAAAAAAGCUCAUGUUUGUCAGUGCAAAAAAGAUUCUGUUAAGAUAUGUAUGGAUGCUUUUGUCAAGAAGUAUCAGCCUGAACAAUGGGAAGAUUAUCUUGCAAUGAAGAGAAAAGAAGAAAGUGAUUCUAGUAAUAGCUCCGAGGAUGAGGAGAAUAGUGAAGAGGAUAGCACAGAUGACAAUAAAGAUGAAAUAUCACCACAUAAAAUGAAGAAACCUAGAACUGCUCCAUCAAAGAAUUUUCAUAAGCAGAAAAGGUCAAAAGGAAAACCACUGAUGUCUCCAUAUUCAAAACGUCAGCCACCUGUUACCAAGUCUGUCGUGUUACCCAGUUCACAGCGUAAGUUAGAAGAUGGUGGUUUGCGACUCCCAACCAGAAAACGAUUAUCAGUUAGCCAUAAACUUGUCAGCAUAUUAGAUGGACUGUGGCUUCACCAAGAACCAAACUUCAAGGCAGAACAAGCAUUCAAUAUGCUCUUAGCUGAGCAGGAACCUUAUUGUUCAUUGUGCCAGUAUUUUAUUGAUUUUAAGGAAUAUCUGCAAAAUGAUCUACCAUCAAAACUACCUAAACUUGCACAAACAUUAUUAAGUCACUCUCGAACAUCCAAGUACCAAGUAAAGAAGUUCAGGUUAACACCCACAAAGCCCAAAGUACCAGAGAUCUGUUUCAUGUCAGAUGGUUCAAGUCCAGAAAGUAUGACAUCAUGGUUAGAGAGCAGUUUUGCCAGUGAUAGGGAAAGUCAGCUACUACGCUGUUAUACUUGUAGAGUGGUGGUUCAUGCAAGUUGUUAUGGUAUUGAUGGAGUUCCGCAUGAAAGCACAUGGAAAUGUGGUCGUUGUUCUCAAACCACAGAAAAUGAUAUUGUAUGGACUAAUUGCUGUUUGUGCACUUUACGUGGUGGACUAUUGAAAAGAACUGUAGACAACAGAUGGGCACACAUUGGAUGUGCAUUAGCUAUUCCAGAAGUUUUCUUUCAAGAUGCUGGGCGUCGACAAGACAUUUGUACAGACAGAAUUCCACAAGGCAGGAAGAAAUUGAAAUGUUCUAUUUGCCAUUCUGUCAGUGGUAGUAAGGAAAGUGCAUGUGUUCAGUGCUGUGCAGGGAAGUGCGCUACAGCAUAUCAUGUGACCUGUUACAUUAUGGCUGGAAAUAGACUGGAGCCAAGCGACUGGCCACAGCCUGUGGAGACGUAUUGUGACAGACAUCGAAGAGAUAAAUUUAAGUCAAAAAGACGUGACUUCUCUGAAAUCAAGAAUGGUCAAUGUGUCAUAGCCAAACACAAGAAUGGAAGAUACUACAAAGGAAAGGUUCUAACCAUGACUUCUGAAGAAUUCUACAUUGUGGCUUUUGCUGAUGGGUCAUUCUGUGACACUGUCACGCCAAAAGACAUUGAGGGCUAUGAUUGUGAAGAAAAUGUUAUACCUGAAGGAACCAUGAUCAUGAUAAAGUGGGAGGAUGGUAAACUGUGGAGAGCCAAAGUGAAUGGACGACAGAUUAAUGUUACUUAUCAGGUCAAGUUUGAGGACGAUUCUGUUUUGGGUGUUCGAAGAGAGGAUGUGUACAGCGAUGGUGCUGAAUUGCCUCCUAAAGUACUCGAUAGGAUGUCAAAUGCUACAGAGACGGCAAACCUGUCAUAUUGGGAUGACUUGCCAAGAGAAGGCUCUAAACGACAACGCAAAUCCAAUCCACGAUACUCCGAUACAUGACCUUUUCACAGACUAUGAGUAUAUGACUGAGGGGAGAGUAGAUGGCUGUCCUUUGCUAUUGCUUUUUAUGAUUUGUAGAGAGCAAUGGAAUUUCUUCUUAUGUUUCAUACCUUGAAUUACCAUAUAGUUUUUUCAAUCUUGAUUUAUAUUAUAGAUGAUGAAAUUUCCUAAUUAAUGUUGCAUAAUUUCCUACAAACCUAUAGUAAACGCCCGUACUUAGGAACAUUUAUUUUUCGAAAGUCUGUCAAAAAAAGGCUAUUAUUUAAAGGGGGUAUUUGUUGGUGAUUAGGCAAAACAGGCUUCUAAUUGCUAUAAUGGAGACAUUCAAUAAGCUUGGUUUUAACUAACAUUAUUUUAGCAAUCGAGACUCUCAACAAARAAAUCACUUCGUAAUUGAAAAUCCACAAUAGUAAACUGUGUCUCUUAUGCAAGUAACUUGUGAGGUUGUUUAUCAGGUAAGCAACUGUAAGGUAUACUGCAAUGUAAGAGACUGCUUAUUCAUGCUUAGCUAAACAGGUUCUUAUACAAAAGGGGGUAUUAAAAUGGCACAUUUCUGCAAAGAGUUUUCCAAUACAUUAGGUUCUUAAAAGUGCUGUGUGUACUGUAUUUCGUGGAUAUAUUGAAUACAGUAUAAUCGUUUGAUGGAUCUGACUAUGCACUAACAAUGCUAGUGUUCAUUUGGCUAUGCAAUGAGAAAUACACGCUGCCUUCUGCAAAACAGUUUUUCAUAUAUUUUUUUUGAUAUAAAUACAUUUUAUGAUUUAGACCGCACACUCUUAAACUGUGAAACAUGAGUACUAGCACAAAUAUGUUGCGUUACUAUGUGUCACAGAUGAAGUAUAAUAACUGACAUACAUUUCAUGAUUGCAAACUAUUUAUUCUAUUUCAAUUUUUUUUGAAGACCUUUUGUAAAUAUUAGCUUUGAAAACUAGAGUUACAAAAUGAGUUGUCUUCCUAGCUAAACAAUGCUAAAAGGUUCUGGCGUUGACUAUUCUCAAAAUUCCAGUGCAAGCGAGCUUAGCCUGGAACAUGAGUGUGUAAAUUGAUUGAUUUGAUUGUUUUCUAUCUUAGGAAUGGGGGUAUUCCCGACUGCACUGGAAUUUUAAGAAUAGUCAGUUGGCAUGUUCAUAAAUGGAGAGUAUGCGACUGCAAGCGAUGCAAAAUAAUGUGUAAAUUACGUUUGUUUGCUUUUUGUUUUAUUUCAUUUUUGCUUCUAAUAUUAGUAUUUAAAGUUGUAUUUAUUAAUAACAGACAGCUUUGAUAUAUUUUGAUACUGCAGUGAUUUAGAAACUGACUGUUUGUUUGUGAAUUAAACCAAUCAUCAAUA